AGCAUUUUACACGGUGUGUCCGCCAUUUUCUUACUAAUACACCAAUGACGGGCUUCGUCUAGCUCUACACAGCUGUCCUGGUCUUCCUCACCCAACGGGUUGCGAUGUCAAGGGCCCUUGUACGCCGUCUGAAGUUAACUACCAUACACGACAUCUUCAGCGCAUGGGCAGGCCUUGGUUCCGCACUCAGUAAUGUCUGGAAACAAACUCGUAUCCCUGCAUCGUUGUGGGCGACCACUGCUGUGACAACCUACCUUGUAUGCAUCUCUGUGCUGCAUGUCACCUCUUCCACCCUCCUACAAUUUCAAACAUUCAACUCUUCUGUGACAACCAAUAUUUCAACAACACUAGGAUGGGUAGAUAUAUCAAGUAGUGUUGCGAAGAACCCGGAAGCUAUGACUGCAUCUUUACCGGCUAUCAGUCGAUUUCCUGGAUUUCUCUCUGCAGGGAUAUCAAAUAAUACAGUCUAUGACACCCUGCAAACGAGCUCUAUAGUCGGACGUGCAACGGUGAAUGCAAUGACGAUAACCUCGAGUUGCGGAUUACUUCCAAAUGUCACAUACUCUCGAAAUAACAACACAGCAAGUGCUCCGCUUGGUAAUGGAAAUAUUAUGGAAAUGAUUGGAUCUUCCCCCUGGACAGACCAGAUACGAGUACUUCAAAAUGGCGGCGGUCCGAUCAAUGCAUCCGACGUGUACGCAACCCCUGCCGUCUUGUUAAUGGUCUCUACUUUGUUGGAGAUCGAGCCUUCAGUACAAAAGGAGGUUGCGGUACCGGCAAUUUGGGUAUGUCCAGUGGUGAUCGACAUGCAAACCAACACUUUAGAGAAUCCCAUGCCUGUCCCGCAGCCAUCCACGCAAUGGGAGGAAACGCUUCAGUGGACAUCCACCGACUGGUCAGCAAAUGUUGGUUACAUUCUUUCUAUUGCAGGCGGUAGCGGGUAUCGAUUUAUAGAUCAAUCUGACUAUACCAGCGAACCCUCGAUUGUGGAUGAGUUCAGACCUUACUUUUGCUAUGAUACUGCCACGAUGCCUUACCCAUGGUCUUUUAUUCUAGGUCUAUAAUGACAUUGGUAGGAUUGGAUCUCUCAGCUCAAUAUCUCCAAUCGUCCACCGACUGGGACCAACCUCCCGUUUCUGAUUUCACCUUGAGCCGGGAUAAACUAGAAGCCGCUAUUGCGCAAACAGUUGCACAAGUCACUUGAAUGGGUGAGGGAUCAUGCUAGUAUGCAUGGCUCUGUUAUUACUCACACUGCGUCACCAACUCAGCAGAGCGAAUGAAUGGAGGAAUUCAACCUGGCAAUGGGACGGCCCUUGCCUAUGAGGAGGUGAUCGCCCUACGCCUGAAUGUCAGUAUUAACUGCACAAAACCUCUUUC